AUGUAUGGAGCGGCCAUGCAGAUUUCAGGCAUUCGCAUAUUUUGGCCUGGGCGGCUGAUGUCGUUUGACCUCGCGGAGUGGCUAUCCCGUGAAGCGAUUGUGUCUGACUCGGGAGCGGUGACGAUAUGUCUACCUUUGGGUUUCUCCCAGGCGUGGCUUACUCCACCAGGUCACUGCGGUAAACACCACAACGCGCAAACCCAUGAGCCCAACUGCCGCCUUGACUAUGACCUGCCAGCCAAACACUCAACAAGUCCAACGGUAACACAGAGAAAUCCGGGCGCAAUGGGGGCAACGGGUGACGUCGCGUUUAAUGCCGCGGCUUUCAUCAGCACCCUCUUCCUCCUCGAGUUUGGCGCAGACAAGUUCGUCGACCACACGGCCAUUGUCGCGCGGCGCACGCGCAUCCCCGACUCCAUCAUCGCGCUCCUCACCGCAGGCGCAGAAUGGGAAGAGGUACUCGUAGUGUGGUCUCUCGCGCAGGGUCGGCCGUCACUCGCCGUCGGCAAUAUCGUGGGCUCGGCCAUAUCCAACAUCCUCGGCGCGUUCUCGCUGGGCUUGAUUUUCCGCCGGGCGGGGGAUGAUGAUGAUGAGACGCAGCGGUUUGACCGCAGCUCGCGCAUGUACGCGACUUUGCUGCUCGCUGUGACUACAUUUGUCGCGCCAAUCAUGCAUCUUCCCGGCCUCUUGGUCUGGCGCGUGUGCGGUGCCGUCUUGGUUGCGGCGUUUGUCGUGUACCUGUGCUCCAUUGGCUGGGCGAUACGAAAGGGCGUCUUGUCUGCGCCAGAGUCGGACAGCGACGAUGACGACAGCGACAGCGACAGCAACAGCGACGACGACAACGAUGGGCGGCGCCUUCCACCCUCCUCUCGCGCGGGUGUCGACCAUAACGGGGAGACUGAUCCGCUGAUAUCCCGAGAAUAUGGACACCAUUCUCCUGCGGCAUCUCAGCGAAGAAGCCUCGGUUAUCACUUACUCUAUCUCGUCUUCGGGUUCCUGGCCAUGCUCUUGGCCGGCUACGUCCUCUCUCGUUCCGCGGCCAACAUCGCCGACGCCCUCGGCACGUCCGAAGUCCUCUUCGGCGUCGUCUUCCUCGCCAUCGCCACGACGCUCCCGGAAAAGUUCGUCGCGGUGCUGAGCGGCCACAGGGGCCACCUGGGCAUCCUGGCGGCCAACACGGCGGGGAGCAACAUCUUCCUGCUUACCCUCUGCAUGGGCGCCGUGAUGCUGGAUACGUCUGGGCAGUUCAACGGCGGCAACGUUGCCGUGCCUGAGCUGCUCGUGCUCUGGCUUUCGACACUGGGUUUCACUCUCACGAUGUGGAUCGACGGCAGAUUCCAUCGCUGGGUUGGUGCGACCAUGUUGCUUGGCUACGUUGUGUUCAUGGUGGUCGAGUUUACGAUUGUGCGCCAUGUAUGA